AGAAAGUACAAAGAAGAAAACUCUAAAAAAUUAAUAAAAAUAAUAAAAACCCUUUACUUUCCAAAAGCCCUAAUCACCAUGAGUGAGCAGGACGAGUCUCCGCGAGCUCCGACGGCGGCUCAGUCACUCAAUAACCUAACGGCCCCGCUUUCCUCUUCCCUUUCAAAUCUUUCUUCUUCUUCACGAAGCCUCCCGUCUAACAAAGACUUUCAUUUCUUUUAUAACUUCGAGGAAUUCAAACGACCUGUACAAGAAAUUGCUGCUAAAUCACAAUCUUUGCUCCAGUCUAUUGGUUCUUCAGAAAUUUGGAGCCGACCCAUCGAUUUUCCCAAUCAAGAGGACAUCGAUGAUGCCUACGAUUGGCUUGUUAAUGUAAACGAUGACCUUUUCGAGCGUAUCGAUGCGUCUUUUGAUGAAUAUGAGAAAAAUAGGGGUGAUAAGAAAGGAGAGGGGGGAAAUGAAGAUGGGUUUCAGUUGGUUUAUGGAAAGAAUAAGAAGAAAGGCGGGCCUGUGGUGAGUGCUGGUGACUCGGUGAGCCGGGGGAAGGUGCAGGGUGACUUGGUAAAUGUGAAAGUAAAGGAAAAGAGAGAGAGAGCAAAAGUGCCGUUUCAUAUACCCACUAUAAAGAGACCUCAAGAGGAGUAUAAUAUCUUGGUGAAUAAUCUGAACCAGCCAUUUCAACAUGUUUGGUUGGAGACGAGUGAGGACAAUCAGCGGUUUGUUCAUCCUCUGGAGAGUCUUUCUGUUUUGGAUUUUGUGGAUAAAGAUACAGGGGAUGUUGAACCUGUAAAGCCCCCAUCACUGGAGGAAAUACCAUUCAAGCUUGUGCAAGAAGUUAAAGAUUUAAAGGAGUUAGCUGCUAAAUUGCGGAGUGUAAAUGAGUUUGCGGUCGAUUUGGAACAUAAUCAAUAUCGAUCUUUCCAAGGAUUGACUUGCCUCAUGCAAAUUUCUACCAGAACUGAAGAUUUUGUGGUAGAUACAUUGAAACUUCGCAUUCAUGUUGGUCCAUAUCUUCGUGAAGUUUUCAAAGACCCUACCAAGAAAAAGGUCAUGCAUGGAGCAGAUCGGGAUAUUGUUUGGCUUCAACGAGACUUUGGCAUAUAUAUUUGUAAUAUGUUUGACACUGGGCAGGCUUCAAGGGUCUUGAAAUUGGAGAGAAAUAGUUUGGAGUAUCUUCUACAGCACUUUUGUGGAGUUUCUGCCAACAAAGAAUAUCAGAAUGCAGAUUGGAGAUUACGCCCCCUUCCCGAUGAGAUGCUCAGAUAUGCCAGAGAAGAUACACACUAUUUGUUGUAUAUAUAUGAUAUGAUGAAAAUCAAAUUUUUCUCCUUGUCUAAGGAGUCUGAAAGCUCUGAUGUGUCUUUGAUAGAGGUCUACAAGCGCAGUUAUGAUAUAUGCAUGCAGCUGUAUGAAAAAGAGCUUCUGACAGAGAAUUCAUAUCUCUAUAUAUAUGGAUUGCAGGGGGCUGAAUUGAAUGCUCAGCAGCUUGCUAUUGUUGCAGGCCUUUGUCAAUGGCGAGAUGUUGUUGCCCGUGCAGAGGAUGAAAGUACUGGUUAUAUUAUGCCUAAUAAAACUCUCCUUGAAAUUGACCUCAGAAGCAAAUUCAUCACUUAAUGAUGAAUCUGAAGUUUUAGUUGCUGACAGUUCUCCAAAUGCUACAAUGGAAAGUGUUGGUAGUGGCAAUGCAUUCAAUGCCAGUCCUCAACCACCUACAUUGAAAAUUGGUAGUAAUGGUACAGAACCUGGCGGAAAAGGACUAG